GAAGAAGAAGAAGAAGAAGAAGUUGUCAACCCGGUUUAACCAAUGAAGGAGGACUGGGAGGGAACAUUAUCGACACUUUCCUCCUUAUUUUACUAUCUCUGGUGUUACUGGCUGUCUUUAUGAAGUUGGAGCUGUGAAGGUUCACUAGUUCCUCUAACAGCGGAGCAGCCUGAACAACCAGCCCGACCACCGCUGCUCCUCCCCGGACCCCCCCGCGGUCACUUCCCGGUGUGUGUGUGUGUGUGUUCGGGUGUGUGUGGUGGUGUGACCGGGACAGGCUGCAGAGAUGUCCGACCAUGGAGGUUCUGCUGUCGGCCUUCUGUCCUACGAGACGCUGGUUCACGCUGUGGCAGGUGCAAUGGGGAGUGUGACAGCGAUGAGCGUCUUCUUUCCUCUGGACACGGCCAAGAGCCGACUGCAGGUGGAUGAGAAGAGAAAGUCGAAGUCGACCCCCGUCAUCCUGGCUGAGAUCGCAAAGGAAGAAGGCCUGUUGUCUCUGUACAGAGGCUGGUUACCCGUCAUCUCCAGCCUCUGCUGCUCCAACUUCGUCUACUUCUACACCUUCAACACGCUGAAGAGGCUGGCGGCGUCCGGUCCGGGGACGUCCAGACCCAGCAGAGACCUGCUGAUGGGGGUCGUAUCAGGAGUGGUGAACGUGGUCCUGACCACUCCCAUGUGGGUGGUCAACACUCGACUGAAGCUGCAGGGAGUAAAGUUCAGGAACGAAGACCUGCAGCAGACCCACUACAGGGGCAUCUUUGAUGCUUUCUCUCAGAUCAUCACCAACGAGGGCGUGGCCACUCUGUGGAACGGCAUGCUGCCCUCUCUCAUCCUCGUCCUCAACCCGGCCGUACAGUUCAUGUUCUACGAGGCCAUGAAGAGGAGGGCCGGCAAGGGAGGGAGGAAGAUCUCCUCAGCAGAGAUCUUUCUCAUCGGAGCCAUCGCUAAGGCCGUCGCCACCACGGCAACAUAUCCUCUUCAGACGGUUCAGGCCAUUCUGAGGUUCGGCCAGUACAAAGGCGACGGGAAGGGCGGCGUGAUUGGAAGCCUCUCCAACAUUUUCUCCCUGCUGAUGGACAGAAUCAAGAGGUACGGCUUCCUUGGUUUGUACAAAGGCCUGGAGGCCAAGCUGCUGCAGACGGUGCUGACGGCAGCCCUCAUGUUUGUAGUUUACGAGAAGAUCACGGCUGCUACCUUCAGAGUCAUGGGCAUGAACAAGAAGCUGAAGCAGUGAACAAACAUCUACCUGAACACAGUACUGCAGUCGUACACUUAUCGCCAGUAGGUUUUAUUAAUGCCUAUGGGACGGUUAUGUUAUUGCCAGGAGUUGUUUCAGUCUUAAAUGUUGUAAUAAGAGACUGGUUUGGUGCCUUUAGGGCCACAGAGUCCCACCUAACUGGUUCUAUGAGCAGACUGGCCUUGAUUUUCUCCGCUGAUAAAGUUCUAAAUGAUCUUACUUCGCUUUCUUUCAGAGCGUUAGAUAAGAAGAUUGACACCACUCAUUAGUUAAAUUACCAGUAAUAGAUUCCCAUACAAAACGGUGCUUUUUAUGGUUUUAAACUUGUUUUGAAAAGUGCCCGUUAGAAGUUUUGGCAGAUGGAUUUUGUUCCAUGUUUCCAGUUUUUGUGCAAUGUUAAGUUAGUCACAAAACCAAGAUUGUUAUCAAUCUUCUUAUCCAAAUCUACGCUACAAAGCAAAUAAGAUGAUUUUCCAAAAUGUCUGCAUUUUCCUUCCACUUACGGCAGUUUGGCUGCAAAUAAUGAUACCAAUAAGACCACAAACAGCACUUGGAGAGUACAUAUGGGCUGAAAUAUGUGCCACCAAAAACU